AAGGAAUAUAUCAGCUGUGUCAAAUCCCAAGACCUGAGAUCCUGUUGCACUGGACCUGAGAUAUGGGGACGCAAAGCCACCAGAAGGAGUGAUGAUCAGCGACCUGGUGAUAACUCUGGAUGUGAGUGCACAUGCCGCAGGACGUCCGCUCGGAAACGACAAUCAGCUGCUGAAAGUGGACUUUGAUCCGCUUAAUACCCUGGUUAGCUUGGACUCCAAGCCAGUCUCAGCUAACCACGAAUGGCUACCCAAAGGAAGCACUUGGUGAAAGACUUCAACCCUUACAUCACCUGCUACAUUUGUAAGGGGUAUCUGAUCAAGCCAACGACAGUGACAGAAUGCCUCCACACCUUUUGUAAGACGUGUAUUGUCCAGCACUUUGAAGACAGUAAUGACUGUCCACGGUGUGGCAACCAAGUUCAUGAAACAAAUCCAUUGGAAAUGUUGCGGUUGGACAACACGUUAGAAGAAAUUAUAUUUAAGCUGGUCCCUGGACUACGAGAACAAGAACUUGAGCGUGAAUCUGAAUUUUGGAAGAAAAAUAAGCCUCAAGAAAAUGGACAAGAUGAUCCUUCCAAAGCUGACAAACCUAAAGGAGAUGAAGAAGGUGAUGAAAACCAAGACGAUAAAGAUUACCACAGAAGCGACCCCCAGAUUGCCAUAUGCCUAGAUUGUUUACGUAACAAUGGACAAUCAGGGGACAAUGUAGUCAAGGGUUUAAUGAAGAAAUUCAUCCGAUGCUCUACACGUGUAACUGUGGGAACUAUAAAAAAAUUUCUAAGUUUAAAACUAAAGCUUCCAAGUUCUUAUGAGCUGGAUGUGCUGUGCAAUGGUGAAAUUAUGGGGAAGGAUCAUACUAUGGAAUUCAUCUAUAUGACAAGAUGGCGACUAAGGGGCGAAAACUUUCGGUGUCUGAACUGCUCAGCUUCGCAAGUCUGCCCUCAGGAUGGCCCUUUGUAUCAGUCAUACCCCAUGGUAUUGCAGUAUCGACCAAGAAUUGACUUUGGUUAGACCAAGGGGCCUCGACCCCAAGAGGAAUCCUGCACUCUUUGUUUACUCAUCGACAGAUUGCACAAUGAACAGUGUGUGGACCAGAGGGACACAACCAGAUCUUCAGCAUGCAAAUAAGGCCAUUGUCUGUCUCUAAAUUGUCACUUGCAUCUCUGUUGUUUCUAUGAAGAGCAAACCAAGUGCCAUUCUGCUACUGAAUUGUCUGCACAUGGUCCCUGUGCCGCUCACAGUGUGCAGCCCACCCGUAGUUGACAUCAGUUAGGCCCGCCGCCCGUGAUCAAGUCUUUGGAACUGUGUGCUUGCCCGUCGCAAGAUUGUUCUAAUGUUUGAUUACACUCGUAAAAUGGCUCAAUCUUUGUGGUGUUGCAGUUUUCACAUGCUUACUGUUUUAUUCAUUCUUGUUUAAAUAGAGUACUGUACAAGAAUCUAGUAGCUUGAAAUGAUUUUGUAUGGGAAAUAGAUUCAGAAAAGUGGUUUCCGAGCCACUGUCUUGUUCACGGUAAGCUUUUUGUGUGUGUACAGAAUCCUUUGGGGAAGAAUUCCAAUUAUGCUUUAACCUCAGCGCACGUCCUAACUGUAGGCAUUCUUAAAUUACCUGUGUGUGUAGUCUACCAGUUGCACAAGGAAGUCCCGCUAGCCCUCCAAA